AUGAUUAACCUUUGCAAAUUAGCGGCUGAGGAGUCGAUUUGCCUUAUCAACCACCUAAGCAGUCAAAUAAAUGAUUGGCGGGCGGAGAUCGUAGCCGGUCAUGCAGUUUCACUGCUCAUGCACUUGCGCAACGUCUACCAACGUGCAGCCAGUAUCCGCGCUGAUACCUCACCAUUGGUGACCGGUUUGCCGAAUUUCGCUGGCAGCGAUUCCGUCAUGGAGGAGUUGAUGAGUCCAUUACCCACAGACUCGAAGAUUAGAAAACGCUCUGAAAACAUGUUCUCUCCGAGGGGGUCUUUGGCUAAUGAGGCGCUUGCCUUGUCAGAGGCAAGUAUGCCAGACGCUGAGACUGUGCUCAAAAUUGUCGACAGGGAGAUGCAGACAGCCACGGAUACGAUUGUCAAAGCAGAGAUACGCUUUAAACUGAACCUCUGA